CACCCCUGCCUCUGUGCGCCACUAUGUCUAGAUCCAACAGUGUCAGCCCACCCGGGAUGGGUGCUCCGGGGCUGAGGGGAGGGACCGAGCACAGAUCCGCUUGGGGAGAGUCUGAGUCUGUGGCCAAUGGUUGUCCAUACUCAGCCAGAUCCCUGCACAAGAAGCAGAGCAGGGUCGGCAGGCGGUGGAGGGAGGACGAUGACGACCCGGACCCCCGGCCGCCCGGGAGAGCCCAUACCACCGUCAGCAGGGUCAGCUUCAGGUCCAGGUCGGCUUGGCAGGACCAUGGCGAGGAGAACCGAGACGAGAACUGUGUGUCCUCCAAGCGCACGGACGGCGAGGUGAGACCCAAGUCCGUGGAGCUGGGUUUGGACGAGCGGAGAGCCAAACCGAGGGCCGACGACCAGGAGGAGGUCAUGCCGGAAGUCCACGUGUCUCUGGUGGCGUGCUGCAGCAGCGUCAUGCACGUCUUCAAGUCCAAGAAGUUCCGGUCGGAGAAGCUGGAGCGCCUCUACCAGCGCUACUUCUUCCGGCUCAACCAGAGCAGCCUGACCAUGCUGAUGGCGGUGCUGGUGCUCGUCUUCACCGUCAUGCUGGGCUUCCACUGCUCCGGGGGGGCCUCGGGACCCAGCGUCACCUCCGUGCUGGUCUUCUCCGUGGCCAUCUUCCUUACGCUCGUGCUUAUGGUGGUGUGUAACCGGAACGCUUUCCACCAGGACCACAUGUGGGUGGUGUGCUACGUGAUGAUCCUCAUGGUGCUGGUGGUGCAGGCGAUCGGAGUUCUGCUGGUGCGGCCCAGAAGUGCCUCGGAGGGGGUCUGGUGGACCGUCUUCUUCAUCCAUGUCAUCUACACGCUGCUGCCUGUCCGGAUGCGCGCCGCCGUCAUCACUGGAGUUAUUCUGUCCGCCAUCCACGUGACCAUUUCUUGGCUUUUGAACGGGACGGACAGCUUCCUGUGGAAACAGAUAGUGUCCAACGUGUUGAUCUUCUCCUGCACUAACAUCGUGGGAGUGUGCACUCAUUACCCUGCUGAGGGCUCACAGCGGCAGGCCUUCCAGGAGACCAGGGAAUGCAUACAGGCUCGCCUCCACUCGCAGAGGGAGAACCAACAGCAGGAGCGUCUCCUGCUCUCAGUGCUUCCUCGCCAUGUCGCCAUGGAGAUGAAAGCCGACAUCAAUGCCAAGCAGGAAGAUAUGAUGUUUCACAAGAUCUACAUCCAGAAGCAUGACAACGUCAGCAUUUUAUUCGCAGACAUCGAAGGUUUCACCAGCCUGGCAUCGCAGUGCACAGCGCAGGAGCUGGUGAUGACGCUCAACGAACUGUUUGCUCGCUUCGAUAAACUGGCAGCGGAGAACCACUGUCUGCGGAUCAAGAUCCUGGGAGACUGCUACUACUGCGUGUCCGGGCUGCCGGAGGCCCGAGCCGACCACGCCCACUGCUGCGUGGAGAUGGGACUCGACAUGAUCGAGGCCAUCUCGCUGGUCCGGGAGGUGACCGGGGUCAACGUCAACAUGCGGGUGGGCAUCCACAGCGGCAGGGUGCACUGCGGCGUGCUGGGCCUCAGGAAGUGGCAGUUCGACGUCUGGUCCAACGACGUGACGCUGGCCAAUCAGAUGGAGGCUGGAGGCCAGGCCGGACGCAUUCAUAUCACCAAGGCCACGCUGAAUUACCUGAACGGGGACUACGACGUGGAAGCGGGAGCAGGAGGAGACAGAAAUGCCUACCUGAAGAAGCACAACAUAGAAACCUACCUCAUUGUGGGCUGCAGCCAGAAAAGGAAAGAGGAAAAGGCCAUGAUUGCCAAGAUGAACCGGCAGAGGACCAACUCCGUCACCCACAACAGCGGCCACUGGACCGACCGGCCCUUCUACAACCACCUGGGGGGAAACCAGGUCUCCAAAGAGAUGAAGCGGAUGCUAUGCUCCACCCGCUGUGGCUCCACCUGCCGUGCCCCCCCCCCCGUGGGUCUGCCUGCCGUGGCUCCACCCAUCAUGGCUCCACCCACCAUGUACCCCUCCAUGGCUCCACCCACCAUGUACCCCUCCAUGGCUCCACCCACCAUGGCUCCAACACCGUAG